AUGUAUUACUCCCAUCCCUGCUACCGUGGCUGCGCCAUUCACAUGCCCAUUGUGCUGGUACUGAGGUGGCUGAUAACAUCUGACAUCAACUGCCAGGGGCCCGGCACGCUGCGCGAAGAGGCGGGAAGGAGAAGUGACGAGUCCUUGGUAGCGCCAAUCAGCACCGAGGAGUCCGGGCCGCCUCCAAUCAGGGCCCGGGGGGCCGCGAAGGGGGCUCUCUACACUACGAACCCUGGCGCCGGCUUGAGGACGCCAAGGAGGCAGGAGGCCAACGGGGCUGAGGGGCCGUCGGCCCGUCGGCCCUGGCCGCCUGGGUGGCGGGGCGCGGCGGCGGCGGGGCGCGCGGGGGCGCGGGGCGGGGGACUGCUCGCUCUGCUGGCCAAUCAGUGCCGCUUCGUGACGGGCCUGCGUGUGCGGCGCGCGCAGCAGAUCGCGCAGCUGUACGGACGCCUCUAUUCUGAGAGCUCGCGCCGCGUCCUCCUCGGACGCCUCUGGCGCCGGCUGCGAGGCCGUCCUGGCCAUGCCUCUGCCUUGAUGGCGGCGCUCGCUGGCGUGUUCGUGUGGGACGAGGAGAGGAUCCAGGAGGAGGAGUUGCAGAGAUCCAUUGAUGAGAUGAAACGGUUGGAAGAAAUGUCCCAUGUGUUUCAGCGUUCUGGAGUUGAACGCCACCCUCCAGAACCAAAAUCACAGAGAGAAGGAAAUGAAGAUUCAGGGAGCAAAGAGCAGCCAUGGGAAAUGGUGAUGGAUAAGAAACACUUUAAGCUCUGGCGGCGCCCUAUUACAGGCACCCACCUUUACCAGUACAGAGUUUUUGGAACCUAUACAGAUGUGACACCCCGGCAGUUCUUCAAUGUUCAGCUGGAUACGGAAUAUAGAAAAAAGUGGGAUGCCCUGGUAAUCAAGCUGGAAGUGAUUGAGAGGGAUGUGGUUAGUGGUUCUGAGGUUCUUCACUGGGUAACCCAUUUUCCUUAUCCGAUGUACUCCCGGGAUUAUGUUUAUGUUCGACGGUAUAGCGUGGAUCAGGAAAACAAUGUGAUGGUGUUGGUGUCGCGUGCUGUGGAGCACCCUAGUGUUCCAGAGUCUCCAGAAUUUGUAAGGGUUCGAUCGUAUGAAUCCCAGAUGGUUAUCCGUCCCCACAAGUCAUUUGAUGAGAAUGGCUUUGACUACUUGUUGACAUACAGUGACAAUCCCCAGACUGUGUUUCCUCGUUACUGCGUUAGUUGGAUGGUUUCCAGUGGCAUGCCAGAUUUCCUGGAGAAGCUGCACAUGGCCACUCUUAAAGCCAAGAACAUGGAGAUCAAAGUAAAGGACUAUAUCUCGUCUAAGCCUCUGGAAACCGGUAGUGAAGCCAAGGCUACCACCCCGUCUUCCGAGCGGAAGAAUGAGGGUAGUUGUGGCCCUGCCCGGAUCGAGUACGCUUGAAGGGCUUUGGGAUAAGAAGGGACAGGCUGCUUCUAGCCCUGUCUCAGUCCCUUAUCUGCUACAGAACAGGGACAUGUAUUAGAAGGCGUCUGCUGUAACCACCAGUGCAAGAUAACUCAGUAACUGGUGUCCGAUUUCAUUCAGAGCCCUUUUUGCUCUUUAUCAAAACAGAAGAAGGAGGCAUCCAUGGGGGCGUUGUCAUAUUCUCAGGCCAAGCAGCUUGCAAUUCAGUAUUUCACUGAGCUAAUCUGGAACAAACCUCUCACCUCAGGCCAAAAGGGGACAACUUCGUUUUGCUUCCUCUGAGUAGUUUCCUCUGCCAACAUUCCAGUUCCCACCAUCGGUUCUGCAGCACUUGGGAUUUCCUUCAGUUCUGAAGGUCCAACUGGAAAGUGCAGUUGGCUGGUCGAGUCUUUAAUGAGGGGUCAUUGGGAGUGCUCUUGGUAACAGUUUUAGUGUUUAAUGGAUGUGAACUGUUGUUUGGCAGUGUAAGUGCCUUGUCCUCACCCUGCUUCUAUCUUUAGGGACAUCAAAUUUGUACCAAGAAAUUUCUCUCUGCCUCCCAAAUACCACCCCAUUGACUCCCCCUACCCAAAGCCGUUUCCUUUGCAUUGGCCAGUUCUUCUGUAUUCAUACACUAUAUUAAUUUGGAUCAUCGCCUCCUUCCUUAGCUCAUUCACGAGGAAUACUUGGAAAUGAGUCCUUUCAGAUGGUAGCUUUCUGUGUCAUCAGUGUUUUGAUAGGGUUGAUGGUCAAAACAUCACACUUUAGGUUUUUGGUUUUUUUUUUUUUUUUUUUGAACCUUUGUGUCAAGUAGGAAUAGGGAAGUGGAAUAGGAUUUCUCCAUAGUCCCACUGUAUAGAAAACACUGUUUUGAUUCAGGCGUUAUUUUUCACACUUCAGGUUUGACUGGAUGCUGAGGACUUGUCCAUCUUGGAAGGCUAAAGGCAGAGGAAUGGGGGUUGGGCCGCUUCCUUGGAGCUCUCAGAGCUAUAGACAAGCCAUGUGAACAAAUAGAUGUAAUCUUGCCCCAAAUGCUAAUAUAAUGGAGAUGUGGUUUAUGUAACCCUCUCGUUCCUCUGAAAAAUUUUUCUUCCUCUCUUCAGAAUUAAAAUGAAAGCAAACUACGCUCUUUGGAUAAAGUCACAAUCAGAUGGUAUCAGUUUGGCCUGGCUGGUUUUAUUUUGGUCAUGCUGCCAUCUGACAGGAGAAUAGGGAUCAAGUUUUCAAUACUCCCUCUUUUUUCCCUAGAAUUUAAAAUGGCUGGAUUUUUCCUUUUUUCCCCACUUGCUACCCUUUUGUGUUGAAAAGGGGAUCUGAACCUCAGACUGAUUUAAACCCCUUGACAUUUUUGUUGCCUGUUAAGUUUUGUGCCAAGGAAAUAACUGCCCCCAUCUUUCUUGUCUUGCCUUCUCUGAGUGGUUGGCAGAACAGAGAGAUACAUAGAGCAAUCCCAACUCCUUUUUCAUUGAUCAUUUCUCUCUUCUCAUCCCCAGGACUUGACAGAAGCCAGGGAAAGUUUCCCUGCGUUAUGUCUGAACUUAGCACCUGUGAUUGUCGGGGUAUGGAUGGGUAUGGGCAAGAGUGUGUGAGUGCACAGGUGUUAAGGCGCGGUGUUGCUCAUGUUCUGAUUUUUGGCAACUUGACUCUGUACUUGGGGUCGGUCUGUACAGUUACUUAUGUCAUUGUAAUGAUUUCACUUCUAACUGUGACAUUUUUAUCAAAUGUGUGAAUAAAUAUAUCAAGAUUGGUACAAAAGAGUGUUUGUGUUUGGACAUAUGGUGGUGGGAAAUCUUGUAUAUUGGGCUUAUUGUUUCUUCCUAAUCAGAAAGUUGAAAAGAAGAGUGUUUCUACUUAGGGUUGGCACGUGGAAGUAGCAGGGUGUGGUCUUCUUUGGUAGGGGCUGACACAACUAACCACUUUGCCUUGACCAUGAGCCCUUUCCAGAUGACCAGUUUGGCAACUGAAAACAAACCGUAUGUUCCCACUUACUUGUCUUGAUCUACUAACCCAUAUCCUUUGCUUUUAAAGAAGGAUCAACUUGAGGAAAUAGUGUUUGAGCUUUGCUGACAGUGAAACUUGGGAGGGAACAAGGAAAGAAGAUUUGAGCAAGCCAGAUCUAGUGUAGGGGGUAGACCGGGGCUCUGGCUAGAGAGGGAGGGUGGUGAGCUGAAACCCCACUUGGCUUGGUGGGAAGUAUGGUCACACAGGCAGUUUUGCUAAAGUGUCAGUUUGUUGCAAGGCAAUUGAUACGUUAGAGACACUUUAGAGCAUAACCUGAAUUUUGAGUUGAUGGGUGAUUCUGCCUGUGGGGAACAAUAAGUGAACACAAAUGUACACCUGAACUAUUAAAACUCUUUUCUCCAGAUUCUUCUAAGAUAAUCACUGGAAAGCCAUCUCUACUUGUAGAUUACUUGUUAGACGUUGUAAUGCUUAUGGGUGCUCAUGUGUCUGUAUAACCUUAAAUUUGGAAAGUUGGUGGUUCUGGCCUCCAUCCUGCUGUGGAGGCCUGUGCACGUGGCAUCCCUGACGUGGUUCUCCAGGCUCUGUGUUAACACUUCACUGAGAAGCACCUGGGUUCUGAGAGCAACUUUUCCAUUGUUGGACAGCUCUGUCUUUCAGGAAGUUCUUAAUAUGGAGACUAAAUGUGCCACCUCAGCGUCUACCAGUGGGUCAAGUAGGUCAAGCCCUGUCUUUGGAGCGACACAAGGAAAACGUUUCCAUGGGAUAGUACUUCACAUUCUUGAAGACCGCGCUCAUGUGACACUAACCUUUACCCAGGCUUUGUCACCAGCAGCUUCAAAAGUCUUCCCAACUCUAUUUUGAAAAAUUGAAAGUAAUAAAACCUUGUAUACCCUUUCCCUACUAGCGUUGCUGGUUGUUAACUUGCUAUGGUGUGUGCUUUGUUUUUAUAUAUACACUUUGCUGUGGACUGAACUGUGUCUCCCUAAGAUUCAUAUGCUGAAGUCCUCAUGCCCAAUGUAAUAAUGUUGGAGAUGGGGCCUUUGGGAGGUGAUUAGAUUUAGAUGAGGUCAUGAGGGUGGAACCCUCCAUGAUAGGAUUAAUCCCCUUAUAAGAAGAGACACCAGAGAUUUGCUUGUUCUCCCUCUCCACCAUUGUGAGGACACAAGGUAGCUAGCUGUUGGCAAGCCUGGGAGAGUGUUCUCACCAGGAACAGAAUUGGGCAGCAUCUUGAUCUUGGCCUUUUAGCCUCCAAAACUGUAAGAAAUAAAGUUGUGUUGUUUAAGCUA